UAACCAUUUACUGCAUUUAUAGCAUUUCAAAUGUCAAGCGUGACCUUAUUAUGGACAACAAAGACGUAUUUGGUUAUUAUUUGACAAUUAAUUUAAAUACCAUUUGUCGUGUAUGUUUAGGAAAACCAAAUAUUCCAGAAAAACUAACACCCAUUUUUGAUUCAACAAAAUUUUCUAGUGUUUCAAAUUUAAUAAUGGCGUGUGCCUCUGUUCAGAUAAUUGAAGAUGAUGGUCUACCUAGUCAUUUAUGCGAUGACUGUUUAACACAAUUACAAAUCGCAUUUCAAUUUAAAACAAAAUGUGAACAGUCUGAUGUACGUUUACGUGAAUAUUUAUGUUUAUCGACAAAUGCAAUUAUUGAAAAACAAGAAAGUGAUGAGCAAUUUUACGAUAUCACAAAUACCGUGUCAAAAUGUACUACAAAUGAUGAAAAUGUUUUUAAUAUCAUCACAACUUCCAUAGCAACACCUACGACAAAUGUAAACACUGAUAAUGUAAUCGAUACUACAUCGUUAUUAAUUAAUUCCACUAAUAUUGAAAAGACUAGCAGUGAAUCUCAAUCUACUGUAAAUUACGUAUUCAAACCAAAUUUUGUUAUUAAUAUACCAGAAGAUGUUAUAACUAAAUCAAUAAUAAUUCCAAAUUUCCCCACCGAAAACGAGAAAAUUAAGGCUGAUGAAUUACUUGAACGACAACAUAUAGAGGAAUCAACCAAAAUUAGCGUUGAAGAUGAUUUAACAAACGAAUUUAUUAUUUUACAUAAAAAACAUAAAACGAACGAUUAUGGGAAAGAAAAUAAAAUUGUAGAUGAUAAUAAAAAAUCGGAAAUAAAAGAAAUAAAAUAUAUAACAAACCGGCAACAUAAAUUCGAUAAACGUAAUAGAAAACGUACUAUUUGUAAAAUAAACUCAUCGUACAUUCCAAAACUACCUAAAAAACAUCAAUGCGAUACCUGUGGCAAAGUUUUUAAAGCAAAACAAGGUUUAAUACAACAUCUUCGUAUCCACAGUGGGGAAAGACCAUAUGUAUGCCAUUUAUGUAAUAAACGAUUUAUUAAUGGUGGACAUUUGCAUACACAUAUGCGAACACAUACCGGUGAAAAGAAACAUAAAUGUUCGGAAUGUGUAAAAGCAUUUGCUACAGCUCAACAAUUACAAAAACAUAUAAUAGCAAUACAUACAAUGGAUCGGCCAUAUCAAUGUAGUUAUUGUCCGAAACGUUGUGCGAGUUCGUCAAAUUUAACAACACAUAUACGGAUUCAUACCGGUGAAAAAAAUUACCAUUGUGAUCGAUGUCCGAAAGCGUUCUCAACCAAAGGGCAACUAUUACAACAUAUCUUAAUACAUACAGGACAAAAACCAUUUUUAUGUGAAUUUUGUCAAAAAAGAUUUACGCAACGAGCACAUUUAACACGUCACAUGAAAAUGCAUCGAAAUUCAUAAUUACAUUCAAUAAAACAAUAUUUUCGAAAACAUAUAGAAUGGGUUAAGAGAAACGAAGUAAAAUAAUUUAUUUUUAACCAGUAAUUAACAUCGAAUAUGCCUUCAGUCAUAUAGAAGAAAAGGAAAAAGUCAUUAAUAUUGAGAUAAAAAUCAAAACCAGGAUUUGAUUAAUAAGUUUUCUUUUUUCCCUUGGAUCCAUAAACAAUUCAGUCAACUAGUCAUUGACACUAUAUAUAAAAUCUGCCCAAUAUGCAAACUGUACUGUGUGUGCGCUAUCGAAUUGAUGAAAACGGCAGAAACAUUGAUCUGAGUCUUUCAGCCGAAACUUCAAGUUAUGGAAACAAUGGAUUUUAAGUUUUGAUUUAGAGAAAUUUUUACGAGUUCUUAAUACAAACCGGCAGCAUUUACGGCUUCUUAAUAUAAUUUGAAAACGAACUAAGUUAAAUAAUAACAUCGUUUUACUUCUAAUGUACAGAAAAUUUUUCUAAAUUUUUUUUUACUCUUGACUUACACUAUUUAUUUAAAAAUAUGUAUUUAUAAGCUCGGAGAUAUGAUCAAA